UCGAACUGGCGCUCGAACGACCAGUCGUUGACAGGUGGUGCGCAGUUCUGGUCGGUACACGCGAGCGAGCGCGCGCCUCGACACACGCGAACCCCCCGCGUUCUCGCGAUUCUCCCCCGAAUGCACGCAAGCUCCCUUCGCCGCGGACGGAGAUCCCUCGCUCUUGGGUCGCCCCGUCGUUCGGGAGCACAGGUCGGAGAACGGAAAGCCGCGGAGACGAGAGCUCACGAGGAGGAGGGGACACGGCCAGGGAGGAUCUCGUAGAAGGGUUGCUGUCGCGAGAGGGACAUCGUCGAGACAGAACCUCCCGCCGUCUGGGGAGCCCCGGUCGCGACGAGCCGUCGUCGUCGCGAGUCGCAUGGAGCACGCGGACGGAGGACGUGCGAUCGUACUGAGAAAGACGCGAGCGAGCCGCCCCGUGACCGGCAGGAUCGCAGAGCGGAAGCCGCAGGAGCGAGAGGAGACUAGUGAGUGAGGUCGGGGAGGCCGGAGAGAAUUCGCGACACCAGCGGAGCGCGAUCCCAGCGUUUGCGGCAGCGUUGACCCGAGCACAGUUCAUCGUCGCGCUCCAAGAGAAGACGAGCGGGAGGAGCGGCGAUCGUUAGAUCCCCCGUUUGUCUCAUCUGCGAUUCACGAUUACGCGCUGCAGCAGCUCUCUCUCUCUCUCUCUCUCGCUCGCUCGCUCGCUCGCUCGCGCGCCCACCUUCUCCCGCGUCUCUGUGCGUUCUCUGUUGUGUUCGCAUAAGGGAGAGACAUCCGCUCGCUCUUCGUCAACAGGCGGGAGGGCACAACGCGCAACUAAUAUCUCGUGCGUCGACUGGACCUGCCUCCUCUUCUCUUUUUCUCUCUCUCUCUCUCCCUUUCUACUUCUGUCUUCUUCUCUCUUUCUGUUUUCCUCUCUUCGACUACGCGUAGUCGAUUACAUACGUAUGCAUAUACGUUACGUCUAUAUAUCGCGCUUCAUUCGCGCGAGAGUGUGCCGCCUCACCAAACCCGUCGCGCCUCCGCGCUGUCGCGUGUAUUCGCGCAGCAUGCGUCAGCCUGAGUGAGCAAACCGGCGUGCAGCUGUCACACACACACAGAGAGAAAGAGAGAGAGAGAGAGAGAGAAAGAUCGCCGCCACGAGUGUAUCCCGGUCGUGCGAUUUUCGCGGACUCGCUGCCGGUGCCGCCUACGGAGAAGGAUCGUCGUCGCGGUCACACCUCGUCGUCGUAGUCAUCGUCUUAGCCGUCGUCGUAGUCAUCGUCGCGGGAGAGAAGCCGGCAGCGGUCGGAGAGACGCAUAAUACGAAUCGAUCACGAUUCUAGCGUACACUCCAUCGGCGUCGACGAGCUCGUGGACGUCGCGUUCCAGUCCGGGGUCGGAUGUGGUGCACGCACUUGGCGACUACGGAAACGACAGCGGCAGCAUCUACGGAUCCGAGGUUAGCGGUCCAUCCGAGCGAUCUGGCAGGUGAGAGGAUAUAUUGCAUGAAAAGGGGAGACUGCCGGUGAUGGACAAUGAGCAACCGCACCAGGAACUGGUCAAGUGCGUGGUCGUGGGUGACACGGCAGUCGGAAAGACCAGACUGAUCUGCGCCAGGGCCUGCAACAAGCACGUGUCACUGUCGCAGCUUCUGACCACUCACGUGCCCACGGUCUGGGCUAUCGACCAGUAUCGGAUCUACAAGGAUGUGUUGGAGCGAUCCUGGGAGAUAGUAGACAACGUGAACGUGUCGCUACGUCUCUGGGACACGUUUGGCGAUCACGAGAAGGAUCGACGUUUCGCGUACGGCAGGUCCGACGUCGUUUUACUAUGCUUCUCCAUAACCAACCCCGUUUCCUUGCGGAACUGCAAGGCGAUGUGGUAUCCCGAGAUAAGGAGGUUCUGCCCGCAAACACCGGUCCUACUGGUCGGAUGCAAAAACGAUCUACGAUACAUGUAUCGGGACGAGACUUAUCUCAGCUAUUUUCGCGACCGCAGUCCCUUUGUGAGGGCUACGAGGAAGAGCGAUCUGGUCAUGCCGGAUCAGGCGCGAGCGGUGGCGCGAGAACUCGGCGUGUGCUAUUACGAGACAAGCGUCUUCACUUAUUACGGUGUAAAUGAGGUGUUCGAGAACUCGAUACGAGCCGCUUUGAUUGCGCGUCGUCAACAGCGUUUCUGGAUGACGAAUCUGAAGAGAGUGCAGAGACCUCUUUUACAGGCGCCGUUCUGCCCGCCGAAACCAGUGCCGCCGGAGGUAUGUCUGGCCGCGAGCACCUACGAGGAGAAUAUGAAGACCCUGUGGACGAAGCCGGUCCACACGGACGUCACUCUAAUUGCCGGCAAUUGUACGUUUUCGGCUCAUCGGUGCCUGCUCGCCGCGGCGUCGCCGGCGUUCCAUCGACUGUUCUCGAUGGAACUCGCCCACGAGUUGACACCACGUAGCUCCAGCGAGUCCAGCAUGGUGAGCACUUUUGGCGAGGCCACCGUCGGUGACUUCAACGACGAUACUGAGUGCCUAAUUCGUAUCGAUCAAAGCAAACCCGCAAAAGUUUGGGAACAACUUAAGCGACGAUCGAGUUUUCAAGUACUGCCGACGAUGGAUAAUCAGAGGAAGACUAACGGCGCGACGAGGGAGCUGAAUCAUCCUGCCUUCCAAAAUAUUCGUAUAUGUUUGACCGAGAACGCGAACGGAAUGCAGCAGCCCACAACGGUGGUCACGCUGUCCAAGUUGAUCACGCCGCAGGCGAUGCAGCAGUGUCUGCAAUUCAUUUACACGGGAAGCUUGGAUAAACGGUAUCACGAUCUACAAACAGCUCCUAUCGGGCUUCUACUGGAGAUCAGACAGGCGGCCGAGUUCCUCGAGCUACCGCAAUUACUCAUGGUGCUCGGUAGCAUACAGACGCGGGAGCAGUUUGUCAAUAGCGAUCUCAAUAAUCGGUAUAAGCAAGUGGUUAGACAACGACUAGAAGACAUCUGCCUGGAGCAAGGUCUCUUCGCGGAUGUGAUGUUCGAGUUGGACGACGGCAGCGUACCGGCCCACAAAGCGAUUCUCACUGCCCGAUGCGACGUGAUGAAAGCCAUGUUCUCUGGCGAUUUUCGCGAAAGCAGCGCAAAAGUCAUAGUCUUUCCUGGAGUGCGGGAGUACACAUUCCACAAGUUGCUCUGCUACCUUUACACGGACGAGGUGCCGGCGAUCUCCUCGGCCAGAUGCCUGAAUCUAUUGGAACUAGCCAACAGACUCUGCCUUCCACGAUUGGUAAAUCUAGUCGAGAGCAGAGUGAUCGAGGAUCUCGAUCGCUUGUCGCAGAACGAGGGGAACGAAGCCGUUGAAAACUGCCUGAGGUUGUUGGAGCCGUGCAAGCUGCAUAAUGCCGAUCAGUUGGCCGACUGGUGCAUGAAUCAUCUCUGCGUUAACUAUAAUAAGCUGUGCAAAAUGUCGCCUCGCAGCGUACGGCUACUUCAUCCGGAGAAUCAGGAGUAUCUGAACGAGCAUCGAUGGCCGCCGGUCUGGUACUUGAAGGACUAUGACUAUUACCAGAAGUGUCUAGCGGAGCAGGACCGCGAGAACAAGCCGACGUUGAAGCGGAACCGUAAUCAGUCCGGUUGCCUGUGCUUCUCAGGCUCGAGUAAAACCAGGCGGGAAGGCAGCAGCGGCGGAAACGGCGGCGGCAAUGGCGGCGGCGCGACGUCGACGACGUCGAACGAGACGCCCGCGGAUCGGCCGCUCUUCGACGCCUCCACCGAAUCCGGCGAGCAGGCCGUAUGACAGGAGCCAAGCGGCCUCAGCCGCUCCGUCAGAUUCAUCCUGAUCCUACCUGUGCUCAUGGUCUUCAUAUGCACUAUUUUUACCAUUUUGAUACUGCUACAGAUUUAUACUUAAGCGACCGCAAAGACAACCCGGCGAGACUAUAUAUGCGCGUACAUCUAACACACGUAAGUACACGUGAUGAACAGAAUACACAGAACACACAUGAAACAAACAAACCAGCACACAUGAGAUACACAUGAUGCCGAUAUCAUCAUGCCACGAGAAACCGACCCAGGGUCAGCCAGGAAUGCAUUCGAUUUUAGCCCGUCGAGGUCCUUUCGAGUUCUACUCCCUUGUCUCGCGCGUGCGCGCGCGAUUCAUUUUUUAACGGAGCCAUUCUCCGCAUGCCGUGUGCAUUUUUAAAGAGCGCGACAAUGCCGACGACGACGACGACUCGGAUCCUCGCGAGCGUCCGGGUGUUUUUUUUUUUCUACGUGUACUUGCGGUUCUCGCGACAGCUCACACUUUUAUCUCUUCAGCUCGAGAAGAUUGUGUAUCUCGAGGCGAGACUUUGUAUUUUCUACGCGUUGAUUCCACGAGAUGUGUACACUCAGAGACAGGAUUGUGUGAACACCGAUACGAAUCAAGGCCGGAAUUAUUUUCUCCGUUCGCAUAUUAGUAUUCCUCUUCAUCAGAAGUGGCGAACGUUAUAAGGAUCGUUUUACGUACGGUUCAAUAUGUCUGUUGACUUCUUGAAAUAAUGGCAAUUUAUAAAAUGCGAAAAAGUAAAAUUAUAGUCCGCGUUUCUUCUUUUCAUAACUUUUUCUUUUUUAUCUUCUAUUAUAUUUUCUCUUUUAUCUCGCAUUAUAUCUUCCUUUUUAAUAUUAUAUCAAGGGGUUGUGAUUACUUGUUCUUGUCGUGAUAAAUUCGUGAUAAAAAUAACUCCACGAGGAAAGUAUGAAACACCAUAUCAAGAUUAGACGAAGAACACGAAGACUUGGCAAGUAGCCUAAAGUUAUCGAAAUAUCCCGCGUAUGGUAAACCGAUGAACGAACGCAAUCACUGACAUCUACACGGAGAGAAAUAUUUGGCUGGCAUAACAAAUUUGUCAGUUACUAUGGUGACAUCAAAAAGAUUUAUUUGGAGCAGCACAAAUAUUUGUUAGGAAUAUUAAUUGCUAUUUGCCGGGUAUAUGAAGAGAAAAAUGAUUUGUUUAUGCCAACUAAAUUGUAUCGCUAUCGCAACGACGUAUUGCUACAACAGCAAAAUUAUCUUUUCUGACAAAUCUUUUUGCUGUCGCUAUAGUAACUGACAAAUUUGCCAUGCCAGCAAAAUAUCUUUCUCCGUGUGUCGCUUUUCCGUGCCUGAAAAAACAGGAUCGUUGAGGAAACGAGGAAACCAUAACAAGCUCGAGUGUCCACUCAUAUCGUUGUCCCUGAUUGUGCGUUCUCGAUAGGAAUUGAAUAAUUUUAGAACGCCGCGACGGCACACGUUUCGCGAAUAAUAACGCAACGCGCUUUUGUCCCGCUAUAAAUCGUCGCCGCCUUCGUCGAUGCGCGGAAAUCUCGAGUGCCGGAGGAUUCGGCGCGCGCGAAAGCGUCGCGGUGUACAAACAAGUAGAAAGUGAGGAGGAACACGGCGCUAAUAAUAUUGUCGUCCUGUCAUCGAUGCGUGUUUAGACUGAAGAAGCUGAGCAAUAGCUUUAGUUCGUAGCGCCGCUAAUAGGCGAUAUCGUGAGACGCAGCGCGUAUCAGCCUGCCAAAAAGUCGACCACCUCUCUCUCGUUUCGGUUAAUCCGUUAUCUCUGUCUGUCGAUAGGCAAAGAGUCAUCGAGCCUCACACGGCCGACAUGGCGAAUGGCAAUCGGCCAAGUUGCAUCGUUCACUUGAGAACGAGCAAGAUGCGAUCGGCUUUAGAAGAGUUGAUCGAUCUUGCGCUACUUUACGGUAAAGCGGUGUUGGGCGUUUGCGAAUGUAUUUUAGGUCAAUGACACGGUUAUCGAUCACUUGAGGGGUAUUUGUGUUCCCGAUCGCGAGAUAAUCGAUCAAAAUCCUCGAUCAAUCGUAUACAAUUAUCAUGUUUAACUGUAAUUACGUCUCACACGCGAAGGAUUUCUUUUUCUUUGACGAUGUUUAAUUGUGCAAUGGCGAUAGGAACAAUCUUCCUCUGUAUUUGUUUCCAUUCCAAAGACGAUUCUGUAAGCUGUGCAUUUUGUUCAAUAAUAAUCGAGAUACGGACAUGUUGCGGCUAACUUAUCUCUUAUACAAGCCGAGCUUUUUCUUCAGAAAAAUAAACGGAACACGCUGUCAACUCGCGGGCAGAAUCAACAGAAACGCACAAACUAUGAGAAUUCACAAAUGCAAGUGGUCAAUGAUCGUGUAGUAAUUAUUAAGGGUUUUAGUCUACAAGUAGAAUGCUGAAACUAUUAUUUUAUACGUAGUGCGACUAAACCGACGUGUCAAGUACAGAUUCUCGUUUCUCACCUGAGCGUCCGAGAGAUACGCGCACAUUCUGUGAAAUCGUCCGGUAGAUGUUACGAUUUGCGAAAUUGAGACGUUGGUCGGAUGUCUCCCGGACGUCCUUCGGACACUUGUGUCAGAAACUGGUUCGAUAGCGCUUGACUACGUAUAAAGUGAUAGUUCGGGUAUUCUGCGCUGUGAUUGUCGUCGUUUACUCGAAGACGCCCAAGACUGGUACGUAGUCGUUUCAAAUACACGACGUGUAAGUUUGUGCGCGAGAAUUUUUACUCUUUACGAAGAAGAACAUACGGCGUUCUCUCUGCGGAGUUCUCUCCGCCUCCUCUUCGACCGAUCCGUAUAAUCUGCGAUAAUCAGAGUUACGCAACCCGUUUCCUCUUUUUUUUCUCUUCUUUUUUUCUGUUCCUGUACGUCCCC